CCGGCCCCGCCCCCGCGGAGGGGAGCGAGCGCUCGCGGGCCCCGUGGUGGGUUCGGCUGCGCCGCGGGGCUGAGGCGGCCGCGAAGGUCCGAGCGCAGAAAGUGGACACUGGGUUCCUGAGCCUCCUCACUGAAGACAGCCAGGCCUCAAGCACAGGGUAGAGUGGUGCUGCUUCUUGGAAAAACUGAAAAAGCCUGAAGCAGCCAACUUUCAGAGGCUUCCACUGGCAUCCUGUCCUCUCUUCUGCUCUCUGGACGACAGGGGCCCAAAGCUGAUGGCAGACAAUGUCAGCCACUAACAACAUAGCCCAAGCUCGGAAGCUGGUGGAGCAGCUCCGCAUCGAGGCCGGGAUCGAGCGCAUCAAGGUCUCCAAAGCCUCAUCUGAACUCAUGAGCUACUGUGAGCAGCACGCCCGGAACGACCCCCUGCUCGUGGGAGUCCCUGCCUCCGAGAACCCCUUUAAGGACAAGAAGCCUUGUAUUAUCUUAUAGCUUUGUUUUCUUGCGCUCAACUCCUCCCCGACACCCAGCCUCCAGUCAGGGCGCCAUUCAGUACAGAGUCCAGCAAAACUCUUAAUUUCAAAAGAAAUGCAAAAAGUUGCCACUGCCCAGAUGGGUUAAGAUGGAUCCUCUGAUUUCAGAUGGAUUUUCAGACCCCGCAAUGCAGCCCCCUUAAGGGCCGGGCUUCUGCACCGCUUCCGAUUGGAAAUAACUGAAAUGCCCAAGUGGUGUGCUAACAGUUUUUGAAAACUGAGUUGACCUUUGGGUUGUGGCCCAGAGCCGAGCUGGGCCAGGGUACGGGAAGGAGGUGGGUGAACUAGCCGCUGGCCUGGGCAACCCGGCCAGGUGGCAAGUCUCACACUGUUGGCCGUUUGUGAUGACUUCUGCCAGGUUGAUGAUGUGAUGCUUUUUUGUGGGGGGGGGGGCUCUCAAGCAGAAUAAGAUUGGGUGGGGGCUGGGAAGGGACAUAAUGACCUUUUGGGAGGGAAGUUUUUCUCCCUUUCAUUUGAAAACUUGUUAUUCCAAACUGCUAAAAUCAGAUUACAUCGGCUGAACCUAGCUAAACUGGAUUGUGUGACAUUGCACACGUGGAUUUUAGGGGCCGGGAGGGGGGCUUUGCCUGUGAAAUGCAUCCCUGUCACCCAGGGUCACCCUGUUGUGUGGCUUUUGUAUGGCAUGUGCCACCCGACAGCGGCCCCUGCCCUUUCCUGGGCACCCCGCCCGUCCCAGAAGUGGGUUUUCAGCCCAGGGGUCUGGUCACUGUGCCUGCCAGCUGUGUUUUCUUUUGUUUUAAGCACGAGACAUCGGCGUGGGCAGUUAGAGGCUGUGGUCAUAUUCGGCUCCUCUAUGUUUUGUUUUGCUUUGUUUUUCUCCACUUUUUGCAUCUCCAAGGCCAUUUUUCAAACAGAAAUGCAACCUGGGGAGGCCUACGCAGUGAGUAGGGCUGCCUGGUGCUUCAGGGUGUAACAAGGUGUGAGAUUAUCUGGAAGUAGCUGUGAAGGCCGGGGAGUUCGAGAGACACUUUCAGUGCUCCCUCUGCGCUCUCACCCCACCACCUGGAGCGUCUGAUCUGCGGGAGGAAAUGAGAUGUGCCUCCCAACAUCCUUGGAAAUGUGAGGGGUCCUGGAGUUGACCGUUGGGGACAGGACAGAGGCUUUUUUUACAAUUGCUGUUUCCUCUGUUGUGACAAGGACAGUUAAAGGAUGGGAGGCAGGAGGACAGGCCCAACGCACACCUGCCCUCACCUGCCAGCACUGCCAACAGCUGCCGGGACUCCUGCCCUGAGCUCUGGGCCCAGCUGCCUGCAACCUGGGAGGAGGUCAGAAUCCCAGCCCUAGAGGGAGCAUCCUGGGCAGCCGGCAGAAGGCACUUGGGGCCAGGCCCAGAGCCCCAAGCUCCCCUCAUGCCCCUGGGUCUCAGACCUUGCAUGGCUGCACCUCGCAGCCGGCCCACACAGGGUGCAGACCAAGGCCAACUUUCUCCCUGGCAUCCAGCUCUCUCCGGCCGGUCCGGGAGCACCUGGGGCCUGGGGAGUCUGGCUUCUCUGAAGCAGCACUUGGGCGGGGAGGGCCCCCAAAGCCCCCCCACGAUGCUGCCCCCUCUCACUACACAGGGAGCCUGCACUCUGGCAGAGCAGCAGGACAAACGAAGCCCAUUCUAGAAACAACGGGCAUGCCCAGUUGGGGGCAGGGCAUGGCGGGACUGAAGCCAAGGGGCAGAGGGGGGCAGCUGGCAGAGUGCAUCUGCCAGCGAGGACCCCCCCACCAGCCUUCUGCUGACUGGUAACUGUUUGGUCUGGGUCAGAAGCCUUAAUCCCUUGAGCCCAAGCCGGGGCCAUGCACUCCUGGGCCCCGAGAGCAGGAGGGGUCCUGAUCAGCGUUAGGAGCGCCCCAGGGCCCAGACCUCCCCUCUCUCUCCACCCCCUGCCCUGCCAGCUGUGCCAAGCCCAGCCCCACUGCAUGUCCCCACCCAAGUGACCCGAGAAGCCAGUGGGAAGCAAAGCCCAGGACCCCUGGCUGAGGGGUGGGGGGAACUUGAGUUCAGGGGCCAUAUCGUCCCCUCCUGGGCCAGGGGCCCCCUAGUGGGAAUGCCAAGGGCCCAGCCGUCUUGGUAAACUGAGGCUCCUGGAAGGUUUGGACCACUGUCCUCCCCAUCCACCCACCCAAGGCCACCCCUGCCCAAGCACCACAGCCUCAGAGCCCGGGGGGCUGUCGUCAAGGCCCCACUCUGGGCUUCUUUCUAGCCAAGGAAAAGGGCCUCUUUCUUCCCUUCUUUUCCUCCUUGUAGAGUAAUCAUCAGUGUCCCUAAUGCAGGCUUGAAGCAUCAGUGCCCACGUGACAGUGUGUUCUGCUUGUGGUUUCCUUGUGCACGUGUCAGCAUGAAAACACGUUUUGAGGGUAUUUUGGCAGCCGUAAGUGCCCCCAUGAGGCCGGGAGUGGACCUUGGGGAAACCAGCAUGUCUCAAGCACGUCACAGGGGAAUGAAGGAAACACAAGAAGGCAGGGCUGGGUGACUUGGAGUCUCCCUCCUCCCACAGCCUCCUCUCCCCUCCCCCUUUCUCUCCCAAGGUGUCCCCCAUCCCAAGAAUUAAGUGACUGGGUUGUGACCUCUGGCCCAUGGGAUGGGGACACAAACCUCUGGGCCAGGCAGAAGGUGCUCUUUCUUCCUUUGAUGUCCCGGCCACUCUGUCCGGACGUCGCUGGGCCUCCAGGCAGCUCAUCCAUCUCAAGCUGCAGGCAGGCAGGAAAAGGCCAUCGGAGCCCUGAUCCCAGCAUGAGUGACCAGAGGCAGUUUCCGGGACACGGUGAGGCCACCAAAGGUCGCUCGUCCUUCAAGAGCCUGUGCGGGGGUCCUCUGAAAAGAAGCCAUAUGUCAAUACCCUGCCCCUUCCUUCUCUGUCUGCAGAGACCAUUGCCAAACAUUGUCAAGACCAGUUCCAGUUCUCAGAGCAAACUGUGCUUCUAGCAGAUUCUACCCCAACUGUGUUUGGAUGUCCAGUGGUUUUUAUUUCUGAUUUUUAAAAAAAAUUCCAGGUGUGCCACACCCACUUUCCUGCAGUGUUUUAAUAUUGUGUGGAAUUGUUAAUACCAAGUGAAUUAAUCCACAAUAAAAAGGCUCACUGUCCCUUUC